AACGCUUAACUUCAAUUAGUCGAUGUUUUCCUUCUUGUAGACAAUCUCUUGGAGGUUUUCAUCUGGUGCUAAGUGGUCUGAUCUACUGGAUUCAUUUCUCUAAUCAUCUUAUUCACCAUGUCAGAUGCAGAGGGUAACCCUGUCGGAAGCAGUAAGCGUGUCCCCAUCAUAGUGGGCGUGGUUGCCUUUAUCUGCGUGGCCGCCGUGGUUAUUGGCGUAGCUGUUCAUUUCUCUGGCAAAGAAGAUGAUAACAUCGGGAAAACAUCGGCACAAAAACAAGAAGUUUCCCUAGUCAUCCCAACAGAAGAAGCAUUUGGUAAUAUCAAGGACGGCAGAAAAGUGAAAAGAUUUACGUUUACCAACAAGAACAAUGUUACUGUCAGAAUUAUCAGCUACGGAGCCACAAUAACUGACAUCCUGAUGCCGGACAAAAACGGAAAAAUUGUUGAUAUUAGCUUAGGCUUCGAUACAGCAUCAGAAUACGAGGCCAGGCAUUCCUACAUCGGAGCAGCACUCGGUCGUAUAACGGAACGUUUAAAGGGAGCACGUUUCACAAUUGAUGGAGUGGAACACAAUGUGUCGGCCAAUGAAGGACAAAAUCAAGUCCAUGGAGGCUUCCAAGGAUUUGACUCAAAACUGUUUGAUGCAAAAAUAGAGGGAGACAUGGUUGUGAUGACCUAUGUGAGUCCCGAUGGCGAAGAGGGAUUUCCAGGGGAGCUGACAUCAGUGUUCACUUUCCAACUGACGCACGACAACGAGCUGAUCCUUGGUUACAAAGCAAAAACAACAAAAGCAACUCCUGUUAAUUUGUCCAACCACGUUUACUUCAAUCUGGAGGGACAUAAAGCUGGCAAGAACGGCGACCAUAUUUUGACAGUUUACUCCAACAAACACAUUCCAAUCAAUGAGGCUUUUCUUCCUAAAGGUGACGGAGAGAUAGCGACUGUUAAUGGAACUGUUUUUGAUUUAACGACACCCACACUAGUGAGAAGCGUAAUCAAAGACAUCAUUGUCUCCUGCUAUGUAUUUGGUAACCGAGGGGAGAUGAAACACGUGGCAAAGCUGGAGAAUCCUUCAAAUGGUCGCUUUGUUGACGUUUACACAACGGAACCUGGGGUAGAUGUUUAUUUCUCAUCCCACAUGAAACCAAACCUCUAUGGAAAAGACGGAGCAGUUUACGGGCCAUUUGAGGAUGGAGGAAUCUGUCUCAUUCCAAUGCAGUUACCAAGCGGUGUUAAUAUGCCAAAUUUUCCUGAUACUGUGCUACGACCAGAAGAGACUUACACACAGAAAACAAUAUACAAAUUCGGGUUUUGAAUCUACUAAGAUAUAUCUAUUUUUGACAUGAGAUCUCAGAGGAAGUUACGUCAGGUUACACAAAGUGAUCUAGCUGGAGCGGAUAAAAGACCUAAUUUUAAUUAGUUUGAAAACUAACUCCAUUAUUGCUACAGGAAAGGGAGGAUUAACACAAAAAAUUCAAUGUUUUCAUAAGGUAAGGUUUAUUAUUGUAAAAAAGAUAAAUUAAAAAAAAACAUGCAACAGUCACAUCCACACUUACUGUAGCAGGAUUGUUAUGUUGGAAUGUAUACUUUGUACAUAAGGUAUGAUUGUUAAACAGAAAGAGUUUGUGUUGCACAUGUUUUGUUACUCAAUAAAAAAGGAAAGAAAACUGACAAAAUAACCAACAUAUGUUCAGCAAAAUCAAGGUCUGUGUUAACUUUUAGAUUAAUUAGAUAUAAAAUGAAAGGGAAAAGAAUAUUCAGAACAAGCAAUGUGCCUUUAUGAAUUUUCUUAGGUGUUGAGAAUGUAUGUAUGUUUGUGUGCCACACUGUUUCAUCAAUCAAACACAAUGUAUGUGUGAGGGUGGGUGUGUGAUGGUGUGUGUGUGUAAUCUCAGAAACAUCAAUGUAUUCUCAAAUUAUAUGUAGUAUGUCUAUGUAAAUGUACUAAGAUGGCAAUUCUUUGCUAUCUGAUUUCCUUUUUUAAGGACUAUUUCGUUAUAUAUUAUGUAAAAAGUAUAUGUAUGUAAUCUGUAAAUAAUUUCUUCUUAUUAUACAAUUUUUGUUAUACAAAUGUAUUGUUUUUUUCCAGUUUGUUAACAUAUUUUGUCAAAUCAUUUUUGUAUUAUCCGGUUUACCAACUCUUUAAAGCUACCAAUUGAAAAUAAAAUCUUUCAACGUUAAUAAGUUGACAAAAAUAAAAUGAUUAGACGCACCUUUUUAAAGUCA